GACCCAAAUUAGCAAGUAAAAGAUGGGAGAAAAAGUUAGUCCUCAAGUAAGGGUUUUAAACACCCUUAAAACGUCUAGUGAACCGAAUAAAAUUGCAGUUGGCCUUUCUAAGGAUUUACAGAAGACAAUGUUGAGAAUGAAAGGUGAAUUUAUGAGCGAGGAUGGGUCAGGGGUGAACUAUGAUGCUUUAAGGGAGAGUGCCGUGUUUGCAGACUAUAAGAAACAGGCGGAUGAACUCUCCGCUAUUGACCUUAGCACGUUAGACGAAGAUGAGAAAAAGGCCUUCUUUAUAAAUAUUUACAAUGCAUUAACGAUACAUGGUUUAAUAGACUGCGACACAAUGCCUUGUUCAGUAUUAGAUGUGCAACAGUUUUGGAAAAACACAGCUUAUAACAUUGGUGGUCAUGUAUUCAGUUUAGAUGACAUAGAGCAUGGCAUUUUAAGAGGUAACAGACCCCACCCAGCUGCAGAUAAACCAUGUUUUGAUGAGAAAGACCCAAGGAGAAAAUUUAUAGCAAAACAAGUAGAUCCUAGAAUACAUUUUGCCCUAGUCUGUGGAGCCAAGUCUUGUCCAUCUAUUCAAAUUUUCACUGGGGCCAACAUUGACAGGGGCCUCACUGCUGCUUCUAAGUCAUUCUGCGAACAAGAAAUAUCUGUACAUAUCAAGCUAAAAGAGCUCUCCCUGUCUAAGAUAUUCCAGUGGUAUAGAUGUGAUUUUGGUGCUAAUGAGGUUGAGGCAAUCAAGUGGACACUACCGUAUGUGUGUGAAGACAAGCAGUAUGGAAUAGAGACUUUACUUGAUAUGUUAGAAACAGAGGGCCAAGUUGACAUUAGAUACAAGGAUUAUGAUUGGAGGUUGAACAAACAGUAGCGACAUCUGUUGAGUAAAAAGGUGAUAAGUGACACCUUUAGAAAAAGAACAAAUAUAUAUCUAAGUCAUAUAAUAUGUAUUACCACACCAAAUGUCAAAAUUGUAGUCAUUAUUUAUGUAUGAGCAUUAAAUUGCAUGAUGAAAAUCAGUCAGCUUCCUAGUAGCAUAGAUAGGUCUCUCUAUCAACUUUGAAAAGGUACUAUAUUGUUUUCCUGUGCUGCUGGUUUUUGUGCUGGUUUUCGGCAGGUAAGGCGGCUGUCACAAAAUUCCAGGGAAACUGCUUGACCUGUCCGGAUGCUAGAACAUGGUUUUAGGCAUGUUUAGGCAUGUUUUGAAAAUUGAUUGGCAGGCAUUUUGCUCUUUUAAGUGCGAUAUUUAUCACUGUGUGUCUUUUCCAUAUUUGGAAAUAUGGUAUAUAGAGCUCACCUUAUUGGAAAUAUGGUAUAUAAAGCUCACCUUAUUUUUAAAGAAUGGUUGUAGUUUAUGUAAUGUUACAUACAAUCAAGCUUCAGUCAUCUUUGUAUAAUCAUUCCAAAAGAGUUUUUUAUACAUUAAAGAUAUUAAAAUAAAUAUGGGUCAUUUCUUGCUUUGUGGUACUUUCUGCUUGUCUUAAGGAAAUGUGAUAGGUAUAUUAUAUUUUUAAAUACAACAACUGUGAUUACAUUGGUUAAUUCAUUUACAGGGUGGUCCAAAAAGUGAACAUCAGUUAAUGCCCAUUCAGUUUUUGGACCACCCUGUAAUUGUGAUUUUUUCUUUUUUUUAUUCUAUGAAACUUUAUUGAAUUAGUCAAUGAUUGCAAAAUUGGCAUUACAGGUUCACUUUCAACAACAUUCAUCUUAACU